AGCUAUAGUUGCAGUCAGUACAGGAUUUGUCGCAGCCGUGAAAAGAGAUUCAGAAUUUGUACGAUCAAUACUGCCAUGUGGAAAUUUCUUUGUGUAGUUCUGAUGGUGCUGGUGUCUCAGGGGACGAAUGCGAAGGUCUUCUGGGAGACAGAGGAGAUCGCAGAAAACUAUUUGCAGAGAGUUCCACCCAUUAAAGCCACUGCAGAGAAGAUGAUGAGGUACCUCUUUGGGCGCACAACCUCGCAUAUUGUAAAGCGCUCAGCCCCAAGACCUGACGAUGUGUUGAUUGUCAUCGACUCCUCCAAAUCUAUUCCAGAGUCGAACUUUACUCGGUGUCUCUACGCCCUGCAGGGGAUGAUAGAACGCUUCAAGCCUGACGCUCGUUUUGCUUCCAUUCUUUUCUCUACCAAAGCCGAAGUCAUGUUCAAAUUUCUACCGGCUAAAAAGGCAAUGGAAAAGUUGUUGACGAUUCGCUACAACGGCGGGUUCACCAACACCCAAGACGCUCUCAAGAAAUCCGGAAGGCUUUUUGUGAGCAGGACCUCGGGCGGUAGACGCAACGCAUACAAGAAGAUGUUCAUCUUAACAGACGGCCAGUCCAACAUCAAGAAAGAAAGGACAUUGUACCUAGCAUAUGUUCUGAAGGAGCUUGGGAUCGAGAUCUACGUCAUGGCUGUGGGAGAACGCAUCGAAGGGAUCAAUGAACUCGGAAUGCUGGCGACCUCGACAGACAAGCACUUGUACCGUGUUGGAGAGAUGGACCAGUUUAUGCAAGUGGUGCAGGAGAUACCGAAGGAUCCCUACUAUGAAAAGAAUGAUGGUAUCUGAAGUGCAUGUAGAAGCCUAACAAAAUAACCUACAUUUUAUAUAUCUUCAGAAGUAGCCUAUCGCAUGAAAGGAAAGCUCUAGUUGUAUUACUUUAUCAUUUCACAAUUGAAGUCACUCGACUUAGACAUUUUGUUGUUCCAUUGCAAUUUGAUUAUAGUCGACUUUUAAUUUUUUUUUCACUAUUCAACGCUUAUAGACAGUAGCAUGGAGUACUAAGUCAAAAUCAAGUCAAGCAUAUUAAGAGAAAAGUUAUUCCUAGAUUAGAGUCUUGUACUGUUUUCUACCACUYGUAGGCGUGAACGCAUUAGUUGUUGGCAAGAGGCAGCUGGCUUAUGUGUGCGAGUCACUCCAAGUGUGGUUAAGUAAACUGAAUGAAAAAGCAUGUUAAUCUGAAUUGGACAAUUGUUCUUCUAGUGGAUGGUAUAUUUAGAGAAGAGUGCAGGGAAGAAUACUCGAAAUCAACUUUUUCAACAAUGGUAUUGGUAGCAAUCGGCCUAGUCGAGCUAUCAUGUUGGCAAACUGUUGUUUUUACGCCCUUUUUUUAGUACAAACCUGGGAUAGUUUUUAGGGAAAGUCUAAUAAUUUCAGUGUUAAUUUGCCGUGCCCUUUCACAAUCAUGAUAAAUCUGCCCUAAAAGACAUUUUUACCGAUUCGGCGGCCAUCUUGAAUUCUAUUGUUUUGUCAGGGUGUCUUUUUUUACAAAACUUUACGCUUUUCAAUGAGAAGCACAUYCAAGAAGUAUUUGAAUUUGCUUUAUAAAUUUUGUACGUUAGCUCCCUGUACAUCCCAUAAUUCAAGAUGGCUGCCGUAUCAGUAGAAAGGUCUAUUCCUAAGAAUAUCGAUGAUAAAAUUGCAAAGGUCUUAUAGUAUAUAUGAAUUUAUAUCUUUAAAGUCAAUAGCAGAAUUAAAAUGCAAGUUAAAAGCUUG